UGUUUGUUUACUUUUGUCACUGAAAAUAAUAAAUUGUGAACUGAGAUUUGAUUUGUGAACCAUUUGUGAAUGAAUUGGAUAAUCGAAAUUUUCACAGUAAGAAAUUUGAAAGAAUAUGCCCACUGUAAUUUUAUUAGACGUUUCAUUAUCAAUGACGAGUCCGGUCCAACUCAAAGAUGGGACUGAAACAACUAGAAAACAUUUAGCUGAAAUAGGAAUAAAUGCAUUUUUAGACCAUCUCAGUGUUCAGUCGAAAUUAGAGUUCAUCUCCUUGAUGGCAUUUUCUUCCUUAUAUGAAGAAAGAUGUCCAUUUACCAGGGACUAUGCCGCCAUAAAGGCUGAACUGAAAAACAUAGAUGAUUAUGACAAAACUUGUAUUGAAACCGCACUUCAUGGUGUCAAUCAGAUGGUUUUGGGAGAAUGGGGUAACAACUCAGCAUGUCAGAUAAUUAUGGUCACAGAUGGCAGUACAGGAGUUGGGCCAAAAUCACUAAAAGAUUCACUGGCAUCGUUGAACCAACGCUCAAGCAAAUCAACUUUCCCAGUACCAUUUACUUUUCCCGGAAAAUUGCAUAUCAUUUGUAUAACUCCUUCAUCUGAUCUCAAUUUCACAAAAUCCAAACCUCUUUAUCAGCGGCUUAUAGAUCUCACGGGAUAUGAUGGAUCGAUUUUAGUACCAGAGAAUCUUCAAACUGAAACCAGUGUCACCAAUUUGUUCCAAAAGUUAGCGGAGGACAUGUAUACCACUUUCAAAGGAGUUUUGAAAUGUGGUAAUCUGGAGUCGAAAGUUAUUUUGUCACCUGCUCCAGUGCCGUACACGCGAGUAACGGACUUCGAGUGCCACACCCGCAGCAUAUCCGACCUGAUCGACGUGUGCGGCUUCGUGUCGGUGGGCGACGUCGGCUCCCCAAUGGCGGUCGGCCGCCACCUCGUGCUCCCAGCUCCCACCCUUGGCCCCGGAAGGCAGGAGGGCGCGGCCAAAAAUGACGCGGACGCCGCCGACGAGGACGUUGGGGAUGAGGGGCGGACGGCGUCUUUUUGUGUGCUGCUCCACGGGGCGCUCAGAGUGGAAAAUAUGGCUGCAUUGGUGAGCCUUGGAGAAAACUGGUUCGGUUUCAUCUACUCCUGGGCCGAUUCCAAGAAGAAAUCCAACCUGAUGCUGACGAUAUUGACCCCCGGCUCUGAUGCCGUUCCUUGGCUGGGCGAUCUCAACAAUUUAGGGUCCAGCGAAUCAUUCUCGCCCGAUCAAGUUGGCAGUUUUCCGGUGAAACCGUCCGAGAAGAGGAGCUACUCUCAGAACGGAGUGGUGUGGAUCAGACAGGCCGGCUUGCAGUCCGAUAUACAGAAGAUACUGAGGCAUGCAAGGAAGUUGCCAGAGAAAACUCAACAGUUCUAUAAGGAAUUGAAUAGGCUGAGGAAAGCAGCCAUUUCACUUGGUUUUUUAGAUCUAUUGAAUGGUUUAGCGUAUAUUUUUGACCAAGAAUGUAUGCAAUUGCCAGGAAGUGCCCACCCUGAUUGUGCCCUGCAACUUCAGCAUGCUGCAGAAGUGUUGAGAAAAACGCAGAACAGAGAUAUAAAAUAUGUUGUGGUACCUUUACAAACAAACUAUACCAAUUCGUGAGUUUCAUAUUAUUUCAAUUGAUUAAAAUAUUUCUCAAGACGAA